GAGGGCUGCAGGCCCCUCGCCCGCUGGGUGCUGGCACCCAUGGGUGCUCUGCACCACAGACCCCCAGUGCCCCCAGUCCCCAGCGCGGGGGGGCUGAUUUGGGGGGUCCCGUGUCCCCCCCCCCCGGCAUCCGCCCUGCGCCGCUCUGGCCGACUCAGGUGCCGCCCCCGGGGCUCUGUGGGCCCCGGUUGUUGUGGGUGAUUUUGCCGUCCAUUAGCGGGUGCUUUACCCGAUUCCCGGCGGUUUCAGCCCGAAGGCAGAGGUGAAGGCAGGGACAGGCAGAGGUGAAGGCAGGGACAGGCAGAGGUGAAGGCAGAGGCCACGUUAAUCCCAGCUUUAGUCCGGGCUUGGGGAGCUCUCGGCUUGAGGCGUCCCACAAAGGCGCCGACGGCUUUUCUGCGGUUUAAAACCCCACGUUUAUCCCCAAAAAAAGGCGUUUCUGGCCAAGCCGGGCGGCGUGGGGCCGCGGGCGGCGGGGCAGGCGCCCGGUGCGGUUGGGGUCGUGCCGGAUGAGGGGAGCAGCCGGCGGCAGGUCCCCGUGGGGCCGAAACCCCGACCCCGGCUGAGUUUGGCACCAAGGGGGUUUAAACGCCGGCACUGGGGCGACCGCGGCGCUGCAGGGGGGUUUUGGGAGCGACCCCCUUGUACCAGGAGAGGGGAAGAGGCGCAGACACCCCCACCCCACGGGGCAGACACGCCGGCUCCAAGCAGCUGCCGGGGGAGGGAACCGGGCCUGGGCGGCGGCGAUUGGCCCUUCCUGGCUCCGCCGGGGAAGCAGACGGCACAUGGAACCGCGUCCUGCCCCAAAACACGCCGGGCAGCGGCGGAGGAUGGAGCACGGCCCCGCGUUCGACAUGUGGAGGGACUACCUGGGGCUGGCCGCCGUGCUGGCCGCGCUGCCGCAGGAACGCGAAGACACCGGCGAUGCCGAAGCGGCGGCGGCGCCCGACGUGCCGGAAACGGCAUCAGGAUCGGCGUCAGCGGGCAAAUCCCUCUGCGGUUUUUGCAAGCACAACGGCGAAGCGAAACACGUCUACAGCGGGCACAGCCUGCGCGACGCCAGCGGCCGCGUGCAGUGUCCCGUCCUCCGCAGCUACGUCUGCCCACAGUGCGGGGCCACGCAGGACCGGGCGCACACCAAACGCUUCUGCCCCCUCACCCGCCGCGGCUACACCUCCGUCUACAGCCGUUCGGCGCGCAACUCGGCCGGCAAGAGAACGGCAAGCGGCCGUGCCACGACGGGAGCCACGGAGAAGUAGCUGAGCACGGAUAAACCCCUUGUUCCUGCAGGGAGUCGCUCUGCUUUGCCCGGCUCCGGCUGCGCUCUCCUCGAGGAUGAAACACCGGGAAGUGCCGGGACGGCGCCUUCCACCGAGGCCGGUCUCCCCAGUUCCUCUCCCCAGCUGGUCAAGCCAGGCGGCAUCGUCCCGGCGGUGGUUUGGUGGGCGCCGCUGGCAGAAACCGCAUCGAGACACCGGCGAAAACCCUGGAAAGGGGCGGUUUUACCGGCACCCCCACACCGGGGGCGUUCAUGGUUGGGUUCAGUUCUUGGUUUUGGGUUGGUUUGUUGGUUUUUAAUCAUCCCGAUGGGUGCCUGAGGGCAGCACCGGCUCCUGACCGACCGUCCGGAAAGGUCCCGUGGCGGGAAGGGUGCUGGCGCUCCGGCAGUCGCCGGCAGCUCCGAGGAUGCCGUGCCGGCGUUCGGACGCAACAGUUUAUUCUUUCAACGUUAUUUCAGACGUUGCGCGUGGGAAGGCGUUUAUUGAUACCCCGUUCUCCGGUUAUCUGUUGAAACGCUGGUUUACGUUAAUAAAGAGUUGA